CUCAUCCGGUUUAUUUUUCCUCCCAGCGCCGAAGCAAGUAUGUCUGCUCUGAUGGCUUGUCAAGUUCCAAACUCACGAUGCUUUUUAGGCCGGACAGUUUAUAUUCACAAGAGAAUAGCAAGCAUUUUACCUUUAAAGAGAAGUUUAAGUACAGCACCAGAAAAAGGUGAAAAGAAAGGCGCUGCCAAGUUCAAGUCUACAGUUCUUCUACCGAAAACUGAGUUCCCUCUUUGGUUAGAUCCCCGGCAAAGGGCCAAACAUGAUGCUGAUAUUUUGAAGAACUGCGGAUUUUCCAGUCUUUACAAUUGGCAACGUGAUAAUUUGAAAGGGGAAGAAUUUGUGCUCCACGAUGGACCCCCAUAUGCGAAUGGGGCUCCACACGUAGGGCAUGCUGUUAACAAGAUUCUUAAAGACAUUGUGAUGCGUAAUGAGCUGCUUCAGGGCCGUCGUAUACAUUAUGUGCCUGGAUGGGAUUGCCAUGGACUUCCGAUUGAACUCAAAGCUUUGUCACAGAAAGGCUCUUCAAAGAUAGAGAAUCCAGUUGACAUCCGCAGAACAGCUCGUUUGUUUGCAUCAGAUGCUAUAGAAACUCAAAAAAAAGUUUUUCAAUCCUGGGGUAUAUUAGGUGAUUGGGACAAUGGAUGCUACUUCACCUUCACAAAGCCUUAUGUGCAGAACCAAUUGAAACAAUUUUAUUCUCUCUAUGAAAAAGGUUUUGUUUAUAGGGACAUGAAACCCAUCUAUUGGUCUCCAUCAUCAAAGACUGCAUUGGCUGAGGCAGAACUGCAAUACAAUAAGGAACAUAAAAGUACAAGUGUUACAGUACGUGUUAAACUACUCACCAAGCCCUUUAACGUUGACUUAGAAGGUGAUCUGUAUGCACUAGUAUGGACUACAACGCCAUGGACGCUUCCUGCCAAUGAGGCUGUGACAUAUAAAUCUGAUAUGGAUUACAGCAUUGUUAACAUAGAAAAUCUAGAUGGUCAUUAUAUUGUAGCCACAAAACUAGUGCCUGUAUUAGAAGCAAGUCUUUCAAAACAAAUUAAGACUGUUCAAAAUAUUCCUGGGCGAAGUUUGAAGAGAGCAACAUAUAGCCAUCCACUCUUUAGACAAGAAGUUCACAAGUUUUUACAUGCAGAUCACGUGACAGAUGAGAAAGGCACUGGACUAGUGCACUGUGCACCAUCUCAUGGCCGUGAAGAUUACAUUGUAGCUGUUGAAAAUGAUCUUAAGCUGGUUUCAUUGGUGGACAAAGAAGGAAACUAUGUUGAAACUGCAGGAGCUGACCUUGUGGGCAAAAGUAUUAUGGGGAAUGGUGUUGAUGCAGUUAUGGGUUUGUUGAAGAAUGAUAUAAUUUGUACUGAAGAGCUUGUACAUAGCUAUCCUUAUGACUGGCGAACCAACAAACCAGUCUUUAUGCUUGCCAGUGAACAAUGGUUCUUUAAUUGUUCUGCUGUGAAGGAGGAUGCUCUUGCAGCUUUGAAGACCAUAGAAUAUGCUCCUGACCACAGUCACAGUAAAGCCAUUUCAAAGUUAGUAAGAGAGAGACCAUUUUGGUGCAUCUCAAGACAAAGAGUUUGGGGUGUACCCAUUCCUGCACUUUUCAAACGAGAUUGUAAAAAGCCCAUAAUUUCAAAAGAAUUGAUUGACCACUAUUGUAACCUUGUUAAGAACCAUGGCUCUGACUUCUGGUGGACUCUUCCAAUUGAGGACAUAUGUCCUCCAUCUCUGGCAGCUAAAUUAGGCAUUGAUGCAUCUGAAGUUGAUCGCUGUGCAGACAUACUGGAUAUUUGGUUUGAUAGUGGAUUGUCGUGGUCAGCUGUUUUAGAGGGCCGUACUGCUGACUUAUAUCUUGAAGGCAGUGACCAGCUUGUUGGAUGGUUCCAGUCAUCCAUGUUAACAUCUGUUGCUCUGACUGGAAAAGCUCCAUAUCGAAAAAUAUUUACUCAUGGCUUUGUAGUUGAUGAAAAUGGUCUUAAAAUGUCCAAAUCCAUUGGUAAUGUAAUAGACCCCUGCAUUAUCACUUCUGGAGGGAAAAAUCUGCAAAAGGAACCAGCGUUUGGAGUUGAUUCUCUAAGGUGGUGGGCUGCAGCUCACAGUGUUCAGCAUGCCAACAUUCCCAUCAGUGUGAGUUUAAUCAAGUUAUCAGCUGACAUAAUUCACAAAUUAAGAGGUACUUUCAGAUAUGCACUGGGAGUGCUUAAUGAUUUUCCUGUUGAACGUACUGUUAAUUUAUCAAGCCAAAGUUUGUGGCUCCUAGACCAAUACAUGCUUCAUGCUAUCACAACAUUGAAAAAGGAUGUAAAUGAGCUGUAUUCAACUCAUAGGUACAACUUAGUAUGUUCCACCAUCAAUCAUUUUGUUGUUAAUGAUGUCUCAAAUCUUUAUUUCACACUAACUAAAGACAGAUUAUUUUGCGACAUGGCUGAAUCUGAAAGAAGACGAGCUUGUCAAUAUGUAAUUUAUCAUGUUCUGGAGACAUUACUGGAGCUGGUGGCUCCAAUAACUCCACUGUUGGUUGAAGAGACAUAUAAAUAUCACCCUAUUCAUGCAGGUAAAAGAUUUUUUGAAUACCGUUCAAAGAAUCCCAUACAACUUGAAAUGGAUUGGCUAAAGCCAUCAACGGAAUCUUGCGCCAAAACUGCUUUUGACCUUAGAAGUGCUGUGACCAAAACCUCAGAAGGUAAAAAUACCUGGUUACAGAGUGCUCUUGUUCAUUGCUCUGAGACAAAUUUUAAUGUUUUGAAGCCAUUAUUUGAUGGUCAGCCUAAACAUAGCUCACAGCUGACAGAAAUACUCCAAGUUGGUUCUGUUGUCAUGGAGCCUUCAUCUUCAGAUGAUGAUGAGUUUCAGGUGCACUUGUCUCCUGAAAAUAUUCAUUUGUGUGUACGUUGUCGUCGUUAUGGCGUAAUCGAAGGCUCAGACAUUUGUAGUAGAUGUACAGAAGUUCUUGAUUCACCCUUAAACGCCCUCAAACAUUCGUUUUUCUAAGAAAUUCCUUCAACUCUCUUUUUGAAAGCAUUCUGUUUUGUUAAUUAAUUAUAAAACAUGUACUGUUAAA